CGAUUUCCGUCCGUCAUUAGAUUUGAAUCGUAAAACAUGGCGUGUAAGUGUAAGAAGAAAAAAAAAAAAAAAAAAGACAACAAACCCAGAGCGUAUUGACGUGUGUCGCUGGUUCGUACGGUGAUGUUACCCGGGGUCAGGGCAUAUGUCUGCUGUCACUACUCCGACAAAGUGUUGGCAGGAACAAAAAUGAGCUUAGUGUUAUAAACUUGGCGGUUAUCUGAACAGGAUGUGCUCUGCUCACUUUGAUUGAGCUAUUGUCUCUGAGCAUUUUGAUGACCGGCUUUCACAAAAGAUGAAAAUCUGCAUCUCAAAAAAAAAAAAAAAAAAAAAGCGAGAAGCAUCAAUGAUUGAUCUGCCCACCAUAAGGAACAGGCAGCCAACCCCAUCAGUCACGUGGUACAGGGUGCAGCAACGUCAUUAGGGCAGAGAUUUGUGAAGAAUAAGCAGACAGAAGGGAAGAGACCCGGAGAGACCCAAAUGCCCGGUCCCACCCAAGCCCUUUCCCCAAAUGGAGAGAAUAACAACGACAUCGUCCCGGACAACGGAUCCAACAUCAUUCCUUACAGGAAAAAUACAGUGCGAGGAGAGCGCGCCUACAGUUGGGGGAUGGCGGUCAACGUAUAUUCUACCUCAAUAACCCAGGAGACUAUGAGCAGGCAUGACAUCACUGCCUGGGUUAACGAUAUUCUCUGCCUAAACUAUACGAAAGUGGAGCAGCUUUCCUCAGGGGCUGCCUACUGCCAGUUCAUGGAUCUGCUCUUCCCUGGCUGCAUCAGUCUUAAAAAGGUCAAGUUUCAAGCUAAGUUGGAGCACGAGUACAUUCACAAUUUCAAACUGUUGCAGGCCUCCUUCAAAAGGAUGAAUGUGGACAAGAUUAUUCCUGUGGAGAAAUUGGUCAAAGGCAGGUUUCAGGACAAUCUCGAUUUCAUCCAGUGGUUUAAGAAGUUCUUUGAUGCCAAUUACGAUGGUAAAGAUUAUGACCCAGUUGCAGCCAGACAGGGUCAGGAUGCCAUUCCCCCACCUGACCCUGGUGAGCAGAUCUUCAACCUGCCAAAGAAGUCCCACCAUGCAGCCAGCUCCCCUACUGCAGGAGCAUCAAGGAUGAGCGCUACAACUCCCAAAUCCUCAACACCAACAUCCAGACCCUCAUCAGCCAAAAAGAUCCCUAUUCCGUCAACUCCUGCCAAAGGAGAGAAAGAACUGGAAGCACAGGUCACACAUCUUACUGAGCAGGUGAACACAUUAAAGUUGGCACUGGAAGGAGUGGAGAAGGAGAGGGACUACUACUUCAGCAAGCUGCGACAGGUGGAGCUGCUGUGCCAGGAGCAAGGCGAAGAAAAUGCCCCUUUUGUCGAUCGGCUAAUGGAGGUCCUGUACGCCUCAGAGGAACAGGAAGGAGCGGAGCUGGCUGAGGGUGACGGACAGGAAGUAGACCAGCAAGCCCAUGAGGAGGCACCAGAUGAUCAGCAGGAGGAACAGGAUGAAUACUGACUGCCAUCAUCCCUCACCGCAGUUACACCCCUCUUUUUAAUAUGUGAGAACUGUUAAAGGAUUUUAAUUUUUCCUCAUGGUCUAUUUUUUUUGUUUUCCAAGACUGAGCACAUGAAGCAACCUCCUGAAUAGAAGCACCAUCACAGUUUUUCUUUUUUUUGUAUCCCUCUGCUCACUGUUCAAUGUUUUUUGUGACUUUUGGUGAACUGCUGUGGCAGACAAGCUCAGACCAUCACAGAAGUUUCCGAGGACUGUGUGGGUGGAAGGUCAAUUCAAAUCCUACGGUAGAUGUGAUGAAAUGCUGAAGUUUAGACAGGUAACUGUUAUCUGUCAGUGCAAAUGUUAACUUCCCAGCUUCUGUCCUUUUACAUUUUAUUUUGUUUUUAUUUUGCAUAUCAACAAUAUUAAUCACAAGAAUGCAAUAAGUAAAGCCCUGAAAGGGCUCGUAGUAGCUCUUAUUUAACCUCCUUCCAUAUGUUGCACUGACAUUUGACUCUGUACUGGACAAUCUGUCCAUAGACCCUCACCAUAUUUAUUAUUGUUAAGCCUUAGAAAUAGUGCAAGAAUCUGCAUUGCAUCCUCAUGAAGGAGGGCAAUACAGUCAGUGAAUUGUGAAUAAAAUGUAGUACAAUGCCAACUUAUGACUGUUUGACAUCCUCACAAAUUACAAGAUUUCAGAUAAUCAGUGUGCUCAACAAUGUGUUUUUCACACCAUACAAGGUGGUUUGGUGAUAUCGUUUACUUGGUAUGCCAUAAACAUAGGGAAGGCAGAAACAUUAUCGUGGAUUAGUCUUAUUAUGAUGCAGCAUUUUAAGUUUUAAACCUCAGCUGGAACUUGUGGUCCGUUCAGAUUUCAGAGUUGUUGUUUCUUAAACCACAGGUCUUAGGGAGAUGAGUCAGUUCACUGAGUAAUUUGCCAUGCUAUAUUCCAGUAAGUACAUUGUAUACCCUUUCUUAAUAUUGCAUUUACUAAUAUUGAACUGGGCAGUGCACCAUAAUGCUUUAGUCAUAUAUUAUUAUUGUGUAAAUGAAAAAGGAAUGUAAACAUGUACUGUCAAUAAUUAAUGAAUGGUAAAUGUUUUUUUUCAUGUCCCACUCAUUAUGCAUUCCCCAAAAAACGUGUUGCAUGUUUGCAUUUUAUUUGUGAAUAACUUGACCUGCUUUUUACAUAUUUAAUAAAAAACAAGUAUGUUAAGUGAGCUUUUUGUAUGUUUAACCUGCUAUUUGAAAGAUGUCGCGGUUCGGAUGGAUUUGCUGUAAUAAAAUUACGUUUUGAGUC